CAGGAGAGGGCGCGGCGCGGCGCGGGGGAGUGUGGCCCGCGCCAGAGUUGUUUCCCGGAGCCCCAGCCGCGAGAGGCUCCGCGGGAGCCCGGCCAGCCGCUCGGGCUGGGCUAGGCGGGGCUGGGCGGGGCGGCCCGCAGGGAGCACGCCCCGGGUCACGCCGGCGCCCGCGAGCCGAGCGCGGCGGGGAGCGCGCCAUGGACCCCAAAGCGGGCGGUGGCGAGGAGGAUGACUGCGUGGACUCGGGCGCCGAGACCGGAGGGUCUGACUACAGCCACAUGUCCUCCACCAGCAGUGAGCUGUCCGUGGAGGAGGCGCAGGACCCUUUCCUGGUUAGCAUCCACAUCAUCGCAGACCCGGGGGAAUCGCAGCCCCUGCAGGAGGCCAUUGACAAGGUCCUGGCCUGGAUCCACCCGGACCUGCAGCUGUUCCGGGUGUCGGAAAGGAGGGCGUCGCGGCGGCGGCGGAAGCCCUGGAAGGUGGCGCAGCCGGCGCUGGCGGUGGUUCUCUUCCUCCAGGAGGAGUACGGCGAGGAGCAGAUCCUGCAGCUGCACCGCGCGCUGCAGCGGCCGCCCUGGCGCCUCCACCACACGGAGCGCGUGCCCGGCCGGUUCCUGCCCUACCUGCCCUGCAGCCAGGACUUCUUCACGCUGGCUCCCGGGACCCCGCUGUGGGCCAUUCGGCCGGUGCACUACGGCAAGGAAAUUGUGCGCUUCACCAUCUAUUGUCGCCAUGACAACUACGCCGACAUCCUCAAGUUCUACGAGCUGAUCCUCCGGCGCAGCCCCAGCCAGAAGAAGACGGACUUCUGCAUCUUCCCCAUCUUCUCCAAUCUGGAUGUGGACAUCCAGUUCUCCCUGAAAAGAUUGCCCUGUGACCAGACCCCCAUCCCCACCGACUCCUCGGUGCUGGAGUUCCGGGUCAAGGAUAUCGGUGAGCUCGUGCCUCUCUUGCCCAACCCCUGCAGCCCCAUCAGUGAGGGGCGCUGGCAGACGGAGGACCUCGACGGGAACAAGAUCCUCCUGCAGGCACAAAAGGUGCACAGGAGGUUUCCUAAGGCUGGCAGAAGCCACCACGCGUCGGAGCAAAAACCUCCUUCCGUGCCUUCCCCGAGCACCACCGCCCAGAGCCGGACGCCUGGCAGCAGCCAGCAGCUCCUACCGGACAGCUCACAUCCGGGCCCUGGCCAGAUAGGCCGGCCGACCGGGCAUCCGCAAGAAGCCGCCAGACAAGCCGGCAGCCCUCCCAGCCUCCCCUGGUCCUUCCAGAGAAGCAAGUCCUUGUUUUGUUUGCCCACAGGAGACUCCUUCCCGGGCUCCUCAGCUCUACCACAGUGGUUUUCAAACACAGAUGGCCCAGGGCACAGGGCGACGGAGGGGAGGCACAGCCACCUCCUCUCCAUCGAUGACCUGGAGGGGGCCCAGGAGACCGAUGUGGACACGGGCCUCCGGCUGUCCGCCUCAGACCUCUCUGUGGUCUCUGCCUAUUCGGCGCCCAGUCGGUUCUGCAGCACCGUGGAAGCAGCCCUCCCCCCUGAAAGGUGCAGCAGCCACUGGUCAAAGCCUAAGGGUUUCAGAGAAGGCCCACUGCCCACCGGGAGUGAGGGGGCCACAGAGACCACCUGGGCUUCCCUCCCUUUCUUCACCAAAGGGCCUUGCAGCUCCUCAGCCCCAGUGGCCGCUGCUGCUCCCCCCACUCAUGGCCCCUCCUCAUUCACAGAGUCCUCCCCAGAGCCUCCCUAUGAUGCUCUCCGCACUGAACAGACCGCGGGCAGAGAUGCCCCACUGCCCCCAGUGCUGGCCGGACCCGUGGACAAUGACAUGGAGGAAUUCUACAUCUGAACACCCUCUGCUCUUGUGUUCCAGACACACAGACUCAGGUCCUACUGCCGCCCUGGGGUCUGCACACCACCCGUGCGUGCUCUCAGCCAGCCCCCUCAGGUUCG